CGCGUAGUUGAUAUUUUAAAUGUGCCGUCGUUGCUUGGGAAGUCACCUGAGUCAGCCUGACUAACGCAUCGCGAUCUCCUCCUCCCUCCUUAGCUGCUCCUUUCAGUUCCCUCUGACUCUCUCCGGGUUAAUAUGGUCCUCCUCUGAGAAUACAUUUGGAUUUACUGGAUUUAUUACCGAAAUGUUGCGGGUAGUUGUUGAAUCUGCAUGUGGGAUCCCCAAAAAGAAACUUGGAAACCCUGAUCCGAUUACCACUGUUUUGUUUAGAGGUGAAAAGAAGAAAACCAAAGCUGUUGACAAUGAGCUAAAUCCCAUAUGGAAUGAAGUGCUGGAAUUUGAUCUUAAGGGCUCAGCCUUGGAUGCGUCUUCAUUCAUCGACGUGGUUGUGAAAGACUAUGAGACAAUCGGCAAACACAAGUUCAUUGGCUCUGCAAAAAUCUCUUUAAGAGACUUGGCUGGUGGUCACGUGAGGUCCCUGCCGUCCAAGAAUGUGCCCCUGAGCAAUGAGAAGCAGCAGCCUAUUGGGGCCACUAUUAGUUUGCUCAUUGGGUAUGAACCACCUGGGGACGAGGCUGAUGGAGACUUGUCCCAUGUGGAUAACGGAGCCUAUGAGGAAGGUGACGGGGGGGAUGCUGAUGCGGAGGCGGGGGAUCAUGGAAGCCCAGCAGGUCCGGGCUCACCAAAACAGCUUGGGAAAGCGUGCCACAAGUCGUUCCGCGUCAACCGCAAGAGGCACAGAGCCUUAGCUAAUAAGGCCCAGGAUUUCCAGAUUCGCGUGCGAGUCAUCGAGGCUCGACAGCUGCCUGGCAACAACAUCAAGCCUGUGGUGAAGGUGAACUUGUGCGGCCAGACGCACAGAACCCGAAUACGGAAUGGAAAUAACCCAUUCUUUGAUGAGAUGUUUUUCUACAAUGUUAACAUGCUCCCUUCAGAGCUGUUCGAUGAGAGCAUUGAUCUGAGGGUUUAUGACUCCUUCUCCCUCAGAGCUGACAGCCUAAUGGGAGAGUUUAAGUUAGAUGUUGGCUACAUCUUCGAUGAACCUGGUCACGGCAUUAUGAGGAAGUGGCUCCUGCUGAGCGAUCUGGAUGACUCCAGCUCUGGUGCCAAAGGUUACCUGAAAGUCAGCAUUAUUGUCGUGGCGACUGGGGAAGAGCCACCGACCGAGAGGAGAGACCUGAGUGAAGAACAUGAUGACAUCGAGAGUAAUCUUUUGGUGCCAGCUGGAGUCACAAUGCGAUGGGCCACACUCAGCCUCAAAGUGUACCGUGCGGAAGAUAUGCCGCAAAUGGAUGAUGCAUUUGUGCAGACGGUAAAGCAUGUCUUUGGUGGUGAUGGGGACAGGAAAAACUUAGUGGAUCCAUAUAUGGAGGUCAGCUUUGCUGGGAAAAAGCUGUGCACCAAAAUCAUUGAGAGAAAUGCAAAUCCCGAAUGGAAUCAAAUCAUCCACCUCCAAGCCAAGUUCCCAUCCAUGUGUGAACGCAUCAAGUUGACCAUGUUUGACUGGGACCGCCUCAGCAAAAAUGAUGCCAUUGGAACAACAUUCCUAAACCUGAGCAAGAUGUCCUCCGCGGGCGGAGAGGCUGAAGACACACAAGGUGAAUUUUGCGACAGCCUGUCUGAAUCGACCCCUGAAGCAAGUGAGGCUGGUUUCCUGCCAACUUUCGGGCCUUGUUAUGUCAACUUUUAUGGCAGCCCGAGGGAAUUUACCGGACUCCCUGACCCGUAUGACGAACUUAACCUCGGCAAGGGUGAAGGUGUCGCCUACAGAGGAAGGGUCCUUGUUGAGCUGUCCACUCAGCUGGAUGGAAAGGUUGACAGGAGCGUUGAUGAUAUCUCCAGUGACGACAUCCUGGUGGCACAGAAAUACCAGCGGAGGAGGAAGUACUCUCUGUGCGCCGUCUUCCACAGUGCUUGCAUGCUGCAAGAGCCAGGCGAACCCAUCCAGUUCGAGGUCAGCAUAGGAAAUUACGGUAACAAGCUGGACUCCACCUGCAAGCCUCUGGCGUCCACCACCCAGUACAGCUUUGCCGUGUUUGAUGGUAACCACUACUAUUACCUGCCGUGGGCUGACACCAAGCCUGUGGUAACCCUUACGUCCUCCUGGGAAGACAUUAGCCACCGUUUGGACUCUGUCAACAUCCUUCUCUCUAUUGCUGAGCGACUGGAAUCCAACCUGUUCUCUUUAAAAAUGGCCAUCCAAGCUAAGGUGUCCGAGGCCCGACUGCUUGAAAUUUGGCUCAAACUCAUCGACCACAUGCUGGAGGACUUGAAAAGUUUGCAGCUUCCGGACGUGGAGGGCAAGGCUAAUGUGACCACACUGGAUCUUCAAAUGAAAAGCACGCGUGAUGCUGCACUGGAUAGCCUCCGACAGGCGGCCAAUGGCAUGAGAGAGGAAGUCACCGAUGUGACAGCGACUGUCAGUGACAUUGAAGAUUGGUUGGACAGAAUCAAGCAGCUGGCGGUUGAGCCCCAGAACAGCAUGCCCGACGUGAUCAUCUGGAUGUUGAGAGGAGAGAAACGUGUGGCUUUCGCCCGCGUCCCAGCCAAUUGCAUCCUCUACUCCAACUUCAGCGAACAGGCUUGUGGCAAACACUGCGGACGGACACAGACCAUCUUCAUGCAGUACCCGAUGGACAAAAACAAAGGCGUCAAGAUCCCCGUUCAGUUGCGGGUCAACAUGUGGCUGGGCCUCACUGCCGACGAGAAGAAGUUCAACAGCUUCUCUGAGGGAAACUUUAGCGUAUACGCUGAAAUGUAUGAAAACCAAGCUCAGGUGUUUGGGAAAUGGGGCACCACCGGCCUGGUCGGGCGCCACAAGUUCUCCAACGUGACAGGAAAAGUGAAACUCAAACAGGAGCGCUUCUUACCACCGCGCGGAUGGGAGUGGGAUGGCGACUGGUUCGUCGAUCCUGAGCGCUGCUUAUUGACAGAAGCUGAUGCCGGCCACACAGAGUUCACAGACGAGGUGUUUCAGAACGAAACACGUUUCCCCGGUGGAGAGUGGAAACCGGCUGGAGAACCCUACACAGAUGUGAAUGGAGAAAAGGCCCAGAGCCCAUCAGAGUUCGAGUGUCCCCUUGGAUGGACUUGGGAGGACGAGUGGACUUUUGACAGCAACAGAGCUAUCGAUGAGAAAGGCUGGGAGUAUGGCGUGACUAUUCCGCCUGACGAUAAGCCCAAAUCCUGGGUGGCAGCAGAAAAGAUGUACCAUAUUCAUCGCAGGAAGAGGCUCAUAAGACCCAGAAGGAAGAUAUCUGAUAAAACAAUCAUUGAUAGGCGUGAGACAGGAGAAGGCUGGGAAUAUUCUUCCCUGAUUGGCUGGAAGUUUCACCGGAAGGAACGCUCCUCUGACACAUUCCGCCGUCGACGAUGGAGGAGGAAGAUGGUGCCAUCGGAUCGAAUCGGGGCAUCUGCCAUCUUCCGAUUGGAAGGUGCACUGGGGGUUGAUGUUGACGAGAAGGCCAGCAAAACGGAUGCUGCCAAACUAUUUGGAGCCAACACACCCACAGUUUCCUGCCACUUUAGCCGGUCGUACCUUUAUCAGCUGAGAGUGUACGUGUACCAGGCAAGGAAUCUCUGUGCCAUGGACAAGGACAGCUUCUCAGAUCCAUACGCCCACGUGUCUUUCCUUCACCUGAGCAAAACUACGGAAGUCAUCAAUGCUACCUUGAACCCCACGUGGGAUCAGAGUCUCAUCUUUGAGGAUGUUGAAAUAUACGGAGACCCACAGACCAUCGCCCACAACCCUCCAGAUGUAGUGUUGGAGCUUUACGACAGCGAUAAAGUGGGUAAAGAUGAGCACAUGGGUCGCUGUAUGUGCUCUCCAGUCGUGAAAGUCCACCUCAGUGGGGCCGUCAGCCCUAAACUACAGUGGUACCCAGUUACCAAAAAGGGACGCGGUGCUGGAGAUGUACUUCUGGCGGCUGAGUUGCUGCUAAAGGACAAGGCAAAUGAGGGAGAUCUUCCUCUGGCUCCUCCUCGGCGAGGGGAGAAGCUCUACAUGGUUCCUCAAGGAAUCAGACCUGUCGUGCAGCUCACUGCUAUCGAGGUCUUGACCUGGGGUUUGAGGAACAUGAAGAGCUACCAGCUGGCCACAGUCGCGUCUCCUAACUUGAUCGUGGAAUGUGGCGGCGAGAUCGUUCAAACGGCCAUCAUCAAGAACUUCAAGAAGAAUCCCAACUUUCCUGGAUCUGUACUGCUCCUCAAAGUGCUUCUCCCCAAAGAAGAGAUGUACACACCUCCCAUUGUCCUGAAGGUCAUCGACCACAGACCCUUUGGAAGGAAGCCAGUAGUGGGCCAGUGCACCAUCGACUGCUUGGAGGUGUUCAGAUGUGACCCGUAUCGAGUCAACAAUGAAGUCUGCAUGUCAGCCAGAGUGGCAAUGAUAGCUGCUCAGGGAGACGUUAUCAUCGACAUCGAGGAGAGACAUACAGUCAAAGCUGAGGUUCAAAUUGAGAAGGAAGAGGAAGCAGUAGACUGGUGGAGUAAGUUCUAUGCCUCCAUUGGACUGCAGGAGAAGUGUGGGCCUUACCUGAAAAAGGGAUAUGACACGUUGGAGGUGUACGACCGCGAACUAGAACAAGUGGAACAGUUCCAAGGUCUCACCGAUUUCUGCAGCACUUUCAAACUCCUGCGAGGAAAGACAGACGAAGAUGAAGAUGACCCCUCAGUUGUGGGGGAGUUUAAGGGCUCGUUCAAGAUCUACCCGCUGCCCGAUGACCCUGGGGUGCCAGCUCCUCCUCGUCAGUUCAGAGAGCUUCCUGAGAGUGGACCUCAGGAAUGUCUGGUCAGGAUCUAUGUGGUGCGCUGUAUUGACCUGCAGCCCAAGGACACAAACGGCAUGUGUGAUCCGUAUGUGAAGAUUACACUUGGCAGGAAAACCGUGGAUGACCGGGAUAACUACAAACCAAACACUCUCAAUCCAGAGUUUGGAAGGAUGUUUGAGCUGUCCUGCUUCUUGCCACAAGACAAGGAUCUGAAGAUUGCCGUGUACGACUACGACUUGCUGAGCCGCGACGAGAAAGUGGGCGAGACGAUCAUCGAUUUGGAGAACCGGUUGCUGUCCCGCUUCAGGUCUUGCUGCGGCCUGCCACAGACAUACUGUGUCUCAGGCGUUAAUCAAUGGAGAGACCAACUGAAGCCUUCGCAGAUCUUCCAGAAUGUGGCCAAGAUUCGAGGUGUUCCUCCUCCAAGCAUUGAGGGAGAUGGAAGCUCUCUGUCCUUUUCCGGAAAACAAUACUACCUACAGGAUUUUGAGACAAACACUGUCAUCAACUCUCACAUGGGCGCGCCCAGAGAGAGACUGGCCCUGCAUGUCCUCAGAAACCAGGGUUUAGUACCUGAGCAUGUCGAGACCAGAACCCUGUGCAGCUCCCACCAACCCAACUUGUCUCAGGGACGGAUACAGAUGUGGGUGGACAUUUUUCCCAAGAAUCUUGGUCUGCUGGGGCCUCCAUGUGAUAUCACGCCGCGGAAAGCCAGGAAGUACUACUUGCGUGCCAUUGUUUGGAACACAACGGAUGUCACUCUGGACGAAACAAGCAUCACCGGGGAAAGCAUGAGUGAUAUCUACGUGAAAGGAUGGAUGCCAGGGAUGGAGGAGGACAGGCAGAAGACCGACGUUCAUUACAGAUCCCUGGAUGGCGAUGGGAAUUUCAACUGGAGGUUCAUCUUUGCCUUCGACUACCUGCCUACAGAGCAGCUGUGUGUGGUCUCCAAGAAAGAACACUUCUGGAAUCUGGACAAAACUGAGUUUAGGAUUCCUCCCAAGCUGAUCGUCCAGAUAUGGGACAAUGACAAAUUCUCUUUGGAUGACUACUUAGGCUCAGUGGAGCUGGACCUCCUCAAUCUGAUCCCUCCUGCCAAAAGUCCUGAAAAGUGCAGCUUGAAAAUGUUGCCCGGGAUGACAAACUCCGACUCCUCCAAGAAAUCGCUCUUCAACUCGCUUUUCUCCCAGAAGUCUGCACGAGGCUGGUGGCCGUGCACCAUCGAGCAGGACGGGAACCACGUUCUUGGCGGAAAAGUGGAGAUGACAUUGGAAAUAGUGGAUGAGAAGGAGAUGGAGGAGAGACCUGCCGGGAAGGGCAGAGAGGAGCCCAACAUGAACCCUAAACUGGACUCACCGAGUCGCCCUGACACGUCAUUCUUUUGGUUUACAAACCCUUGUAAGACCAUGAAGUUUAUAGUAUGGCGGCGAUUCAAAUGGCUUUUCAUCGCAGGGAUACUACUCCUGCUAGUGCUACUGUUCUUCGGAAUCCUGUUCUACUCGCUGCCUAACUACAUCUCAAUGAAGAUUGUAAAGCCUUUCUCCUAGGCGACCACUGUGCAAACGUCUUUACUGUGAUUGUCCUUUAGAGCAAUAUGCAAGGAUUUGUACUGCUUAAUGUCACAAACACAACUUCAGACCGGUUUGUAUCAUUUGCACUAUCAUGACAUGUUUGUUGCCCAUUUCAAACACCCCCAAGUGUUUUUAAAGAAAUCUAUAAAAGUUGUAUUUUACCUCUGUU